AUGCUCCUGCUCCUUCUGCUGCUGAGCUUUGCACAAUUCCCCAGGACACAGGCAGGAGAGAUCAUCGGGGGACAUGAGGCAAAACCCCACUCCAGACCCUACAUGGCAUUUCUAAAGUUCUUCGAUGAGAACUCUGGUGAAGAUUCCCGGUGUGGAGGGUUCCUGAUCCGAAAGAAUGUGGUGCUAACGGCCGCUCAUUGCAAUGGAAGCAAUAUGACUGUGACCCUGGGGGCCCACAAUAUCAAACAGAAGGAGGAGAGCCAGCAGGUGAUUUCCGUGAGCAAAGCCUUCCUCCACCCCGACUAUGAUUCCAAAACAUUCAACAAUGACAUCAUGUUGUUGAAGCUGAAGAGUAACGCCAAGAUGACUAAGGUUGUGAAACCCAUUUCCCUACCAGGGCCCAGGAAUAAAGGAGACUCUGGGGGUCUCCUUGUGUGCAAGAAUGUGGCUCAGGGCAUCAUGUCCUAUGGAAAGAAAAAUGGAACAUCACCCCGGGCCUACACCAGAAUCUUCAGAUUCAUGUCCUGGAUAAAGAACACCCUGAGAAGGUUAUAA